AUGGUGAAGCCAGACACAUUUUAUAUCUGUCUGUUUUGGAUUAAUAGUUUUGGAUUUACCAACGCAUCUUACAAAUUCAACUCUCUUAAAUGUUUCUUUUAUUCGCCCGAAUGGGGAAAAAUAAACCUGUGCCAGAUUAAAGCCAUCGAUCGCAAUCACAAUAUGAUGAACAUUGAAGGCAUUCUAAACCGGAACAUAACAGAGAUUGAAAUAAAUUUUAAAAUUCUGAAACGUGAAAGCGGCGGUUGGCAUCCCUUCAUGUAUGACAUUACAAUGGAUGUUUGCAAGUUUUUCAAGAACCGCAGAUCCUUUUUUAUAGCCAACCUAAUAUAUUCGUUUUUGAAGCCAUUCACUAAUGUCAACCACACUUGUCCAUAUCCGGCCGGAUCAGUGCUACAAUUAUGGAACUGGACUCCGAAUGAAAAUGGGGUACUAAAGGUUUUUCCCGUGGAUCAUGGUCAGUAUGCCCUGCACACCACUUGGAGCAUCAAAAAAGUUCCCGUUCUUAAAAUCGAUGGAUCAGUUUUGUUUUAUAAAUAA